CCCACCACCACCGCCGCCACUAUCAAGACGCCUAACGACCACGACUCACGCUGCUGCUGCUGCUGCUUCUGGCACAGUGAUGCAUAGGGCUCCUCUUGAAUGCCUCGAGGCGGGAACAAUGGCUCACUCACCGAGCAGUUUGACGGCUCCACCAACCCGUUCUCGGACAGCUUCAUCGAGCGGCGGCUCGCCCUGGUGUCUGAUGUGAAUGUCAGCGAAAGGACGGAACCACACCCUGAUGGCUUUGUAGAGGCCGCAAUUGAAAAGGACGCCUCCUGCUGGCAGGAUGUUCCCAUCAACCAGCUGAGCACUCACAACCUCGACCCGUCCUGCCGCCUGCUGCUCCAGCCUGCAAACGAGGUGGACAUACAGGUCGCCCCAGAGACAUCCUCUGCAAGAUGGAUGACCUUGGCCACCCUGGAGGGGCAUGACCCGGUCACAUGCCUCGCUAUCUGUCAGGGGCCAGCAGAGCCAAGUGUGAAGAUCAGCCUGCCCAUCCCGAUGGAGGUGUUCUUUGACUCACAGACCGACGCUGUCGAGAUCCGCAACCGAUCUCCAGACACCUUGCUUGACUUUCGCCGUGUCGACGACGACGACGACGACGACGACGACGGAGACGACGGACAUGUACCGGUGGCGCCAUUUGCCUCCGAUCGCUUCAGCCCAGGAGCCUGGGCCGUCUCCGGCUUUGGCAGGGCCCCCGCCCUCCAGUUCGUCCUCUUCCCUCGCAAGCACCGCCUCGAGAUUGUGCAGCAGAGCCUGGGCCUGCUGCAAGACAGUGCUGGCAGCAAGAGGCGCUUCUCGGCAAGGAUCCGGCAGCAGUCGCUCACACGGUCUGGCCAAAGCCAGUCACAGCUCUGGGACGUGGUCAAGCCCGUCAAGUCACUCACCGAGGCAGUGGGCGCACAGACCGUCAGAAUCACCGGCACCGACGGGACCGACUAUACCAUCUUCCGCAUGUCCAACGCCGGGCCCAGCGCCUCUGCCGACGUGUUCGCGGCCCGCCUCAGCCAGUACCAAGGCCAGCUCGUGGUUGUCAAGGUGCUGAAGCCGGGCCCAUCUUCUGCUGCCAGUCGGGCCCUCAACUGGGCUCGCGAGUACCGCAUCCACGAGCGGCUUCGAUCCGACACCAUCGUGCAGCUCUACGGAGGCGACGCCCGCAUCGACGCGCUGUUCCUCGCACACAUCAACGCCAAGGACCUCGCCCACCAGUCGUGGUGCGAGAGGGGAGUGUUCCAGGGCACCGGCGGCGACGCGCGGCGCAUUCUCGAGGACAUGGCCCGGGCCCUGGCCUACCUGCGGACCGAGAAAGUCCUGCACAACGACAUCAAGCCGCGCAACAUCCUCUACAGCCGCUCGACAGGCGCCACCCUCAUCGACUUUGGCCUGGGCAGCUCUGACGGCGACGCUCCUUCGUCGGGGGGCACACCCUGGUAUGUCCCGCCAGAGUUCCUGGCCAGCGGCGCGCGGGCGGCACCUGCGGAUGUCUGGGCUCUGGGCAUCGUCAUGCUCUACCUCUUCAACAAGGUGCCGCUGCCAGACAGCGGCAAGGAGGUGGCGGCGUGGCAGAUCAGAGAAGUCGCGACCGGGCGCACGGCUUCCGCCGAGUGCAUGGCACAGUGGCUGAGGCGUGUCGAAAAGGCUCGACGGGCACUUGCGGCGGAUCAGGGCAUCGAUUCUAUUGUACUACAGAUGCUGCAGCCCUCCCCGCACGAGCGGAUCCACGCGCGGGAGCUGCUCCGCCAGCUGGAGGAGUUGGGGACGUGAUUGCUUUCUAAGAGAUCUAAUCUACCGGGCUAUCAUUACACACUCG